CAAUUUUUUGCAGCAGAAGAGGAAGGAAUAAGGAAGAAGAAGAAGACGGAGAAAGAUGUUUUAUUCACAAUCAUUUCUGGCAAGAAAAGGGCCCUUAGGGACUGUUUGGUGCGCAGCACAUUUACAGCACAAGCUCAAGAAAUCUCACUACACCUCCACUAGCAUCAAAGAUACAGUUGACCUGAUUCUGGUUCCUCAGGUUCCUAUUGCUCUAAGGAUGUCAGGCCAUCUUCUACUAGGUGUUGUCCGUAUUUAUUCCAAGCAAGUUGACUAUUUUUAUCAAGAUUGCAAUGUCGCAUUGGUGGAAAUACUCAAGGCAUUUUCUUCUGUAAAUACAAAUAUCAAUCUGCCAGAGGGUGCAACUCAAGCACCAUAUCACUCUAUCACUCUGCCUGAAACACUUGCACUUGAUAAAAUUGACCUGGAAGAUUAUUCUGAUCUGGAGAGGUCUGAGGAUGAUCAUCGUGGAAGACGAGAGGAAAUCACACUUGAAGACCAAGAGCCAACAGGAAGAGAUCCACAUGAACCCACUAGAUUCACUGAGGAUGUGGGGAGGGGUUCUCCAGAUUUGGAAGAGACUACAGUGUCUGGGCUCAAGCCCGUGGAGGAAGAUUCUCGUCCUUCGGUUCCAGAGGACAUUACAGUAGUGAUUGGAGAUCCUUCUCCCAGCAAUCAGGGAGGAUUGAAUGAAAAACCUGGAAGAGAUAGUACCACUCAGGAGCUCCCAGAUAUUGAAGUCAUGCGUGAUGCUGUACAUGACUUUCGAAUGGAAGAUGCUCCUGUAUGGCCAGAUCAAGGCUAUGAUGUGGAACUUGACAGAGUGCUGGAGGAGCAGAUCAUGAAACUUACUGAAGCCAGCAGUCCAGUGGUGGAGGAAAUAUUGGUUUCUGGAGGUCCUACUAUGCCAUUACCUCAAGCUGAAGAACCUCAAUGUGUUGCUUCAGAGCAGGCCCAUGAAAAUUUUAAUCUAGACAUUCCCUUCGGGCAUGCAUCACCUGGACUAGCAAUUCGAUCAACACCUCCAGUUGAGCAGCCAAGAGCAAAGCAGAGAAAAAAAAGGAGCAGGGAUUUUUAUGAUGAACAAACUGUACUGACUAACAAGUCUAUGAAGAAGGCGCUAGAAGAUUCCAGUGAUUUGCUAAGAAAAAAAAGGGAUUGUCCUUCUUCUAAUUUGGACAUGUGGAAGUCACAGAAGAGAUUGAAAAAGGACAGAGUCUUUCUUGAGCCUUUAAUAACUGGAUUAUCGGCCGACCUGGUUAGCAUUUACAAGAAAGAAGUUAUUUCUUCGAAACCUCACUUAGUUGGCUCAGAGGAACCUCAUCUCCAGCCUAGAGAUGCACAAAUACCGACACCUGGGGGUGACAAAGAAAUGGAAAUUGAAAAUCUACGCAACUAUGUAGGUCCUUCUGGUGGCAAUGAGAUGUUUAAUAUCUUGCCUUCCCCUAAUAGAUUUAUUUCAUCUCCUACGAUGUCCAUGGCUUCUCCGAUCAGAAGAGGCGAAUCCACACCGGCCACUACAAAUUUUGGUUCAGAGCCGGAUCGGUUAGAAACAACUAUUGGCACUGAUGUACAGACUACCCCAGAUUUAGCAGCAUCUAGUGGACCUUUUGGUUCGGACAUGGAAACUCCAGCAACUCUUUUAGGCGGGGCACUAGGAGUGGAGAACACUGUUCUUUCUGAUAUCCCCGAGAUGCUAAAUUCUGCUGGGGACUUGAGCUUCCUAGAACAAGAUGAAAAAACUCCUGGUGGGACUCCAAGAACUCCAGAAUCAGAUCACUUGACAAGAAAACAAAUGGGAACCCCGGAGUUUGACAUAUUGUCAGCAAGGACAAGAGCUGUGGCCCAAUAUUUGAGAAGGCAGUCAUCAGUAGCCACCAACUCUGAAGAAUUGUCUGGAAUUCUGAGCUUGAACUCAAUAUUGGAAGGCAAGACCAGAAAAAUAAGUGCUCGGAUGUUUUUUGAAACACUAGUUUUAAAAAAUUAUGCACUUGUAGACGUUAACCAAGAAGAACCUUAUAGUGAUAUUGCUUUGAAGGUGACUUCAAAACUCAUAAAGGAAAAAUUUCCGAGCUAAUUGUGCCAGGCAGAUGUUCAUCCACAGAUAUUGGAUUGUCUCAAGCUGAUGAAGCACAUUCCUGUGAACUUAAUGAAGAGUUUGAUACUUGCCCAAAAUCUUGGCAUGCAGCAGAUGUGCAGAGGAAAUGAGAUGUAAUCGGUUGAGUACUGCUAGUCCGAGGGUGAGGAUGGUUGCUGCAACUUGGCAUCUGAAGGAGAGCUUGUAUGGGCUGCUUGGCUUGCAACAUUUUAUGGCUCUGCUAUUCUAAGAUAUUAGCUUCUUGCCUUUUCUGUGUAUAUUAUCAAUAAGUUUUGUCCGAGGGAUGACUGCUGGUUAUUAGGACAAAUUUUUGUAUAUAGAGGUAAUUAUGAGAAA